AUGAGCAAGUCGCAGCGAGCAUGUGAUAGUUGCAGAGCGCGCAAAAGUGCAUGCCGCAUCGACUCUGGACCUCCAUGCCGGCUAUGUCAUCUCUCGGGGCGCGAGUGCACGUUUGAGGCCGUACCCAAAAAUACACGCGCGUCUGCAGCAACUGCGACACAUGUCGCCCUGAGCACACCUACUGAAGAGCUAGCCAGUCUAGAAGCCGCAAGCCAGCAAAGCAACGUUCUGAAUUCGAACAGUGCUUUCUUCGACCAACAAGGCUUCCUUUGGCCAGGCGAAUCACCAGAUCCAUUAGCCAACCUUUGGGUUGACCAAGCUAUGAUUGACAUGAAUAUACAAAACUUCAAUCACAUUAACCCUCCACCGAACGAUGUUUCCAUGGACUCUCUGCCACUUCCUUCGCCGUCGACACUAGGACCCCAGACGACUAGCAUGGUCUGUGGUCUAACAGGGGAUAUGGAUCCAUACCUUUUGCAAAGAUAUAAUUUUGGACCGGAUAGCGAUUUUGUUUUCAAGCGACUGGCUGUUCGUUCAGUAAGGCAGGAUAUCCAUCCAGUCCAACUCCUAGUCUCCAAUGUUACAGAUGCGGCGGAGGGGUGUGACCAGCACAAUCAUUCUCUUCGCAAACAGCUAGAGAAGCUUGUGAGUCCGGAUGUGGGUGUCAGGUUGAUCUCUUUAUUCUUUCGAUUCGUGUCCCCUCAUUUUCCAAUUCUUCUUCCAGCGCAAUCAACACAGCCCGAGCGAUCAAAUCCUUGUACUCUUGCCGCAAUAUAUCUAGUCACACUACCAUUUGCUGGCUUUGACGAUUAUCUCUCCGUUCAGAUAGCAUACGAUCUUCCCGAUGCAGAAAAACUAUGGAAUCUUGCAUUGAACGUAUUGCAUCAGGAACUGCAUAAGCCAGACUUUUCCACGCUACAAACGUUGGUCCUGCUGCUGAUUUCGCCUCCACAUAAGCCGCUCAUGCCGGAUUAUGCGACAAAGUGGUCGCUUGUUGGUACCAUGGUGACUGUUUCACAGACGCUGGGCUUGCACUUCAAUCCCACCUCUUGGAGCGUAUCAUCUGCCGAGGUAGGGCUGAGAAAGCGGCUGUCGUGGACUGUCAAGAUGAUUGACGUCUGGCAUGCUGCUGUCUUGGGCCGGAGCUGCCUGAUACAUGAUGACGAUUGGCUCGUUCCGCCACCAUGUAGGGAUGAUUUUUCGGAACAAGAAAGAAAAACACUAUUUCCCGCGAACUUCAUUUCUAUGUAUGAGCUUACAAAUAUUUUACAAAUGACUCUGAAAACACUUUUCACUCUCAAAGCGGUUCAAACUCUUGCAGGAGACUAUGAAGACACAUUAAGGAAGACGCAGGGCCUAAUGGAGGAACUCAAUCGCUGGAAUAGUGCUGCUGUCGACAGUCAGUCUGAUUCACACGACGAGGACAUCAAUUCAUCAGGCCCAUUGCUUCUCGGCGGCCAUUUUGUCAAAGUACUUCUCUUUCGCGCUAUACUCAGGCCUUUCAAUGCUUUGAGAUACGGUACGGUGCCCCCUAAUCCGACAGAUGAGCAAAGGGAGCUUGAAGCAUAUCGAUUGGCACGAGCCGGAGCGAAAGGAUGCAUUGCUAGCUUUGUAGCGUUUACGUCGAAUUUAAAGAGCAGCUGGGUUCAUGGAUUUUGGCCUUUCUGGUGCACGCUGGGCUGGUCGACAUUGUGCAAUCUUGCCCUUUUGCUCCACGUGACAGCAGAUAGUCCUGAAGAGGCACAAGAAUGCCGGGCCCUUCUUGACCAUGCCCGAAGAUCUGUCCGGCUUCAAUCGAAAUCUCUUGAAAUCCUCAGAUUCGCGUUACUACGCAUCGAUUCAAUUUUCUGGAAAGGUCUAAAUAACGUUUUUAUGAGAAACGAAAUGGUAGGAAACACGAGUGUUCGACAGGAACAAUUCGAAGACCAGCUGUAG